ACAAAAGCUUCCGAGGGAUUAUUACAUGUAUAUACAUUAUUAUUGAAUUUCACCUGCAUCGCAUUUUCUGGGAUGUUUUUGAAGCUGCACCAACAGAUUUCCAGCAGUGCUAUUAUCACCACGUGACCUAUGAACUCUAAAGUUUUUUGUUCGAGUUCAACGCUAAGCGAAACAGCAGCAGAAAAAUCAUCUUAAUUUAUUUCAACUCGACAAAUUCAAUAUCGAAGUGCAAAGAGGAAAACCAAAGGGAAAAGAAAAGGAAUAAAAAAGGUAAAGAAUAUGCCAAUGGCAAUGGAAACGGCCAAGGAAUCCUCUAAAAAGAGGAAGAGAAAGCAUGCCAGUUCCGGCGAAGGCAUUCGGAAAAAAGACAAGUCUGCGACUCCACUAGAAGCCGAUUCACCAAACGCUGCUCCCCCCACAGAGUCGAGGAAGGCGAUAAGGUCGAAGAAACGUAAGACAGGACACGUCGCUGUCAGUAAUGGAGAAAAGAAGAAGAAGAAGCAGGAGGAGGACGGGGAUCUUGAGGAGAUGGCCAAGAUGAAGGAUGCGGAUGAUGUUGAGAAGGAGGAUGAGCAGGCAGAGUUGUCGCAGAGUUCUGCCGGGGAAGAAGACGGCAAUGCGGACGAAGAAGAAGAAGAAGAAGAAGUAGAAGAGGAUGAGGACGAAGAAAAGCAAACAAACGGACAGUCGAACGGAGACCAGCUGGAACUUCCCUCUGUAAAUGCCGUGUCGCUGCCACAAACAGAGUCUGAGCCGCAGAAGUUUUCAGAGUUGGACCUCUCCGACAAGACCAUGAAGGCGAUUGCAGAUAUGAAGUUCGAGACAAUGACGGAGAUUCAGCGUAGGGGUAUACCACCGCUCUUGGCCGGGAGGGAUGUUUUGGGUGCGGCGAAGACGGGGUCGGGGAAGACCUUGGCAUUCUUAAUACCCGCUGUGGAGAUGUUGAGUGCAUUGAGGUUUAAGCCUAGGAAUGGAACUGGUGUUAUCGUUAUCUCCCCAACUCGAGAACUUGCGCUGCAGAUCUUUGGUGUCGCGCGGGAGCUCAUGGCUCACCACUCACAGACAUACGGUAUCGUUAUUGGAGGAGCCAACAGGAGGGCUGAGGCAGAGAAGCUUGUAAAAGGUGUCAAUCUACUAAUCGCAACCCCCGGCCGUCUGCUUGAUCACCUUCGAGACACGCCAGGGUUCGUGUUUAAAAAUCUCAAAGCUCUCGUAAUCGAUGAGGCAGACCGGAUUCUGGAAGUCGGCUUCGAGGACGAGAUGCGCCAGAUUGUUAAGAUCCUGCCUUCUGAAGAUAGGCAGACGAUGCUAUUCUCAGCCACCCAGACAACAAAAGUGGAAGACCUGGCCCGGAUUUCCCUCCGGCAGGGACCGCUGUAUAUCAAUGUCGACCACCGCAAGGAACACAGCACAGUCGAGGGCCUGGAACAGGGCUACGUCAUCUGCGAUUCCGAUAAGCGAUUCCUUCUACUAUUCUCAUUCCUGAAGCGGAAUUUGAAGAAGAAGAUUAUUGUUUUCUUCUCUAGCUGCAACUGCGUCAAGUACCAUGCGGAGUUACUCAACUAUAUCGAUCUCCCCGUCCUUGACCUCCAUGGCAAACAGAAGCAACAGAAGCGCACGAAUACGUUCUUCGAGUUUUGCAAUGCUACUCAAGGAACAUUGAUUUGCACGGAUGUUGCUGCGAGAGGCUUAGAUAUCCCCGCUGUUGAUUGGAUCGUUCAGUUUGAUCCUCCAGAUGAUCCUCGAGACUACAUCCACCGUGUUGGCCGAACAGCCCGUGGCGCAAAUGGCAAGGGACGAAGCUUGAUGUUCCUGCAGCCGUCCGAAGUGGGCUUCCUCAAGCACCUGAAGGAGGCUCGAGUUCCUGUAGUCGAGUUCGAUUUCCCAGCUAAAAAGAUUGUCAAUGUUCAAUCUCAGUUGGAGAAACUUAUUGGACAGAAUUAUUACUUAAAUAAGUCCGCCAAAGACGGGUACAGAUCAUACUUGCAAGCUUACGCCUCCCAUUCCCUCCGCUCCGUGUUUGACGUCCACAAGCUUGAUCUCGUUAAAGUAGCCAAGAGCUUUGGCUUCCCAACCCCGCCGCGCGUCGACAUUACCCUAGCAGCCAGCAUGAGCCGGGAUAAGAAGCAACAGGGCCGACGGAAUUAUGGCAGCCAACCUAAACAUGCGCCAAAGUUUAAACGAAAGGUGGAGGAUUAGGGGAUUAGUUCUGUAUGUGUAGGGAUCAUCGAUCGGAAGGUGAUUGAAGAAGUUAAAGUUGAAAUUGGUAUAGAAAGAGGGUCGUGGCAUAAAGGUUUAUGUAUACCUACCUGCCUCCCUAUACUAAAAUUAUUCCAAAAUAUCCCCUAGUGUAUUUUAUUAGUUAUUGGGUUUUACUUCUUGAUACGCCUGUGGACAACAGGGCACUAGAUUAGUUAGGCGUUGGAGCAUUUUCCUACAUUUACGUUACUAGAAAAUAAAUAUUCAGUGCUUUAGGCCCAUCAGCAUCUAUUGAACGGUUGUUUAAUUUCCUUUCCAUUUGUUAAAAUUCCAUGGAAGAUGAUACGCUUCAAACUACAAAGUAUACCAGGGCACAUUUAGUUAAGAGUGGGGCAAGCCUAGCAAUUCGCAUUUUCAUUCUUCUUGUUUGUCGCUCACGAUCCAACACCAAUCAAACCCGGCCGCGCUUCCCCAUAUUUCCUUUCCUUGUAAUGUACGGAAGGCAAAAGGAAAAUGAAAAUGAGAACGAAAAGGAGAGGAAAGUGAAAUAGCAUAAUCUUCCAGAGACAGCUUUCCAUUUUGCGCCAGCCCGCUCUUCAAGAACCUCUGCCUCAUCAGCCAGAGGUGACAACCCCUCUGCCAUGUCCUGACCAGUUUCGGGUAAAGAGGAUACAUCAAUCUAUAGAACACAAUGAGAAUCGCGUACCGAGCUCUUAACCACCACGUGCUCUUGAGUCCGUAGCAUCGGCGGGCAGUUCUUCCGUCGCUAUUGCCAUGUCGAGUGAGUGUCUAAAGAACGCGAUUACGGCGAGAGCGCAUGAAAGGCUGGUAUAUUUGGGUUGAAAGAGGCCCUGAGCAAUGCGAACGGCUUCUUUGGGUGAACGGAUUCUUUGCAAGCUCUCUAUUCCAGUACUGUUUGAAAGCUGAGCCGUUUUCCGGCCACAUGGAUGGUGGGACUUGAAGGGCGGUGGGGGAAUAUAGAGAAUUGUUGGUAGACUUGAUCACGCUCUUCUUCGGAGAAUGGGCCAACGAUGGUCUCGUAUUUUUCUAUCAUGGUCACAUAAGCAACUACAGCGAUCCAAAGCUGCAGCUGGGGAUCCAUGGCGUCAUAGCUCUGGUUGGUCUUAUUGUCGUUGACGGGUUUAAGUGUGGUUGUGACGAAGUUACGGAAAGCAAUCUUCUCGGUCUCGGUGCCGAAUGCCAUAACAUUGAGAUAUAUGGCUGUGUUGAGAGUCCUCUCGGCAUGGCGGGUGCUGAACGUGCUAUGCCUUCCAGCAACCCGGCA